UUUUACAUAGAGUUAAAGCAUAUCCUUUGUUGACCUGAAUUUUCCAACACUAGUGAUUUCAAUGUUACCGUGCGUAAAGAACCUGUACGUACUUGAAGAAUUUUGACCCUUGACCUCCACUUGGUCCAUGUUAUAUUUACAUGUCAAGGGUAGAAUUGAUUGAUAAAUGUCAAAUCGAUGACAUAAUUUGUGCACUGUCCCUUGGAAAAUACGACGGGGCAGAAUGAUAGAGCGGCAACAUACCAUCAUACUUCACUGAACAUGUGCUUUUCCGCAAAAUAAUAAUAACAAAACAAAAAUUUAAUUAUUUAUUUGUAAUUUAACAAAUUAUAAAUUAUACUGUUACGCAGAUUUUGACCAAGUGAUUGACUAAGGCAAGUAAAUAAUUACGGAGAUAAAGGAAUACUGAGGAUGAAGUUUUAUUGCGCCAUACCGGCUUGUACGCAGCAGGACCAACGAGAUUGUGGAGAUUUAUCAUUUCACAGAUUUCCCAACAAGAAUGAUCCCUUGCGAGAAAAAUGGGUCAAAGUUGUCCGCACGUUAAGACAAGAUUCUAGUUGGGAGCCUCGUGAAAAUAAUCGAAUCUGUUCUCGACAUUUUCCUGGUACCGUCAAGCACUACCGGGGAAGCCAUGGAAAAAUGGUUGGUUCUCCGGUUCCGUCAUUAUUCCCCCGACGAUCUGACGAAGUUACGCAGGAGGAUAUUCCGGGAGGAUGUUUCCUCUGCUCAAUUUCGACAUUGUCCGCAGUCUCCGUCUCACACAGUGAUCAAGUCAAGGAUCAAAUUCACCUUUAUAAGGAUCUCUUGAACCGGGAGGCCUUUAAGAAAGGCCUCAUCCCCAAUUCGUCCUCCUCCCUUGUCUACCCGUCCGAGGGGGAAGAAAAUUCCUGCCUCUCUUGUCUCACCACGGUUUCCGCGGUGUGGGCAAUGGAUCGAGAAAUAAUCGUGCUGAAGGGAAGGAUCAAAAAAAUGAUAGAAAAAAGUCUGAAUCAACACGCCGAAAAAUUUGUAAAUCGAGCGAAUGCAGAGAAGGAAAACGUUCGCAAAAGGAAGCAAAUUGAUGAAAAUAUUUCAUCAAAACGUGAAAAACUCGAGGUCUGUGACCAAGCCGUGUUCGACUGGAUGAUUGCAGCUUCCACUCCACGCUCUGCUACUGUAUCUUCUACUUCGACAUCAGCACCUGCCGAGUCAGCCGAAGUAAACUCCGUCACAGAAUCGCACCCUCACCCCGAAUCAAUAUCUUCAAAGCCACCAGCGUCGUCCAUCAUAUCUACCCCGUUUUCAUAUUCUGAUGAUGAUAACCACCCUGCCGAGAUGGACUUAACGGAUGAAACCAUUCCGCCAUCCCGGCUCAAAAUCGAGGGGGACGAUGACGAUUGCUUCGUAUUUGAGGAAUCCGAGGAAAUGCAGACUACCGCAGCUACGCCAAACUUUACCACCCCUGUCAUCACUUCUGCCAAAUCCAUGAGCAAAGAUCAAGAAUACUACAUAUUGUAUGAAGGGGACCGACCGUAUGGGUGUUGUAGAUGUGUGCGUCGUUUCAAAACUAAAGACUGGGUUAUUCACCACAUGAAUACGUGUAAAGGAGUGAAAUUGAAAUUAUGACGAUAACACUAAAAUAAACAUAAUAAAUUUUUGAAACAUUGGAAAAAAUUAUAGAAAUAAAUAUAAUUAAAAUAUUCUAAGCAA